CUUUUCCUGAAGCUAAGAAACCACGAGCUAGACGACGACGACGACCACGAUGAUGAUGGACGGCACUAGAAUUCUGGAGUUCUUGAAGGGGAAGAGCAUCCUCAUCACCGGAUCCACCGGCUUUUUGGCGAAGAUCUUUGUGGAGAAGCUGCUGAGGGUCCAGCCGGAAGUGAAGCGGCUCUUCCUUCUCAUCAGGGCGGCCGACGCUAUAUCGGCCGCACAGCAGCGCUUGCAAAAUGAGAUACUCGACAAGGAUUUGUUCAGGAUCUUGAAGGACAAGCACGGCGAUGGGUUCCCGGCGUUCGCGGCGAGCAAGCUGUGCCCCGUGGCCGGGGACAUCACCCAUCCAAAUUUGGGGAUUCAAGACCCCGAUCUCCAAGAGAAAUUGUGCAAUGAAGUCGAGAUCGUCGUCAAUGUUGCGGCCACCACGAACUUCUACGACAGAUACGAUGUCGCUUUGAGUAUAAACGUGCUCGGAGCUAAGCGUGUGCUGGAAUUCGCGAGACGGUGCGCGAAACUGGAAAUGCUCCUUCAUGUUUCCACCGCUUAUGUGGUGGGAGAGCAAAGCGGGCUCAUACUGGAGAAGAGAUUCGGAAUGGGGGAGACUCUCCGAGGAGACUCCGAUCAUUAUCUCGACAUAGAGGCAGAAAUCGAGUUGGCGGAGACGAGGAAGAUGGAGCUGCAAGCCGAUCCCAAUGUCACUGAAGCAGCCCAGAGGCAAGCAAUGAAGGAAUUAGGCCUGAAAAGAGCGAAGCUGUUUGGGUGGCCAAACACCUAUGUCUUCACCAAGGCGAUGGGCGAGAUGGUCCUCGGGCAUCUGCGGCCGGCCGAGCUGCCUCUGGUGAUUCUGCGGCCGACCAUCAUACUGAGCACGCUCAGAGAGCCCCUGCCUGGCUGGAUCGAGGGAACCAGGACCGUGGACAGCCUGAUCAUUGGGUACGCCAAGGGGAAGCUGUCGUGCCUGUUCGGAGACCUGGACCUGAUCAGCGACGUGAUACCGGGAGACAUGGUGGUGAACGCGAUGGCGGCGGCGAUGGCGGCGCACGCGGGAGAAGGGGGCGAGUUCAUCUACCACGUCGGGUCGUCGGUGAGGAACCCGGUGGCGUUCUCGCUGAUAGAGCAGUGCGGGUUCCGAUACUUCCUGGAGAACCCUCGCGUGACGAAGAGCGGAAAGAUGAGGAAGACGAAGAGGAUGCCGGUGUUCAAGAACAUGUUCUUCUUCCGUGCCUUCAUGGCUCUCAGAUUCAAGCUCCCUCUAGAGUUAAUGCACCUUGUGAGUCUCCUCUCCGGCGGAACCAUCUUCGCGAGCGAAUACAAGAAGCUCAACCGGAUCUAUAAGUUCGGAAUGCAUCUAGUCGACCUCUACCAACCAUAUGUCUUCUUCAAAGGCCGGUUCGACGAUAAGAACUUGGAAGGGCUGAGGAGGAGCAUGGCACCGAGAGUUGACGGCGAAGUCAACAUGUUUGACUUUGACCCCAAGCACGUUGACUGGGAGCUCUACUUCUCCACCAUUCAUAUCCCUGGCGUCAUGAAGUACUCAUGCAAGUGAUAGUGAUUAUGGUCAACCCUAAUUAAUUCUAUAUUUUUCUACAAUAAAAGACUAAUGCUGUUGCUCGUUAAUGAUGAUGAUCAUGAUAUUUAGUGUUCAAAAUGGCAAUGUGAAAAAAAAUUCCUUCGAGCAUAAGAACCAUCGAAGGAGAGUAUUAAGAUAAUAGUAAAAUUAGGUCACAAAUUA